AUGUCCCAUACUACUUCGAAGACAUGGGUUUCAGAAGAGACCAGAGAGUAUGAAGCCUGGAUGAGAGUCCGUGAUAGUAUGUCAUAUGUUGUGCCGAGAUCACCAUUUGUGCCAACAACAUUCAAAGAAUGGCUCGCCCUUAGGCUUUUUAAAAAGGUGGAGGAUAAGCACAGGAUGGCCCGGUCACUUGCUAUCAAACAGCAAAAGUUUUGCAAGACUGCCACGAAGACAGACAAACUGUUCAGAGGAAGGAGGUUAAGGGACCGGCUCGGUCUGGUCCUGGCAGCCGAAACAAUAUGGGGCCCCUUAUCCGAUCCAGGCAGUGGACGCCAGAACGCGUACUGGCCUUCCCGCGAUGAGUUCAAACACGAAGGAGAUGACAGGUGCCGAUCUGGAUAUUCCAGAUUCCCACCUUUGCCGAGAGUUCUAGCGAACGAAACUGUGAAUUGGAAGCAGCGUAAACCAAUUGCGCAAUACGAAUUUGACAAAGUCGGAAAGGUGAAGACGAAGGAAGAUUACAACGCGACCGACAUCAGCAUUGCAGCCGCCGUUAGAUAUAUUGGCAAAUCAUUCAUCCGCGACUUAGAUUUUGGGAAGAUCUGA